ACUCUGGGUGAGAGCGCUGCGGAGGGUACGGGCCCGUCGAAACGGAAGACAUUGCGAGGACGGGUGCGGGCCCCACAGAGCUCGAAGUCGCUCUUUGAAGGAUCUUAGGAAAGAAAGGUCCUUCAAGGGCCUCAAUCAUGCUGGUGCUGGCGUCAGCCGCAACUGUUUGUCACCUCCCCCUCCUCCUUCCAAAGACUACCUCGAAACCCAGCGCAGCCGCACCCCGGUUAGUCAGCCGAGACGAAGGAGCAGGACUAAAGGGCCUUGGCACGCUAAUUACAGUACAUCCAAUUCGUCGACGUUCGGUCAUCAACUCGUACAAGCCCUCUACUCGUUUCCCCUGUCUCACGCCACUAACUAUUGCCUCUUGACUUGGGUUUCAGCAGAUCGACUUGGAGGCUGCGUUCUCCAAGUGUUCAGCGUCCCAUCUUUAGCAGCUA